AUGUCCACCUUUCUCUCAUCCCUACGACCGGGCCUGCGCAUGGCCAACACAGCCCGCGCUUUCAGCACCUCGCCCAAGCACUCCCUCGCCCGCCUGAUCAUCACCGGCCGCCUCGGCGCAGAGCCCGAGCUCCACGCCACCUCCUCCGGCCAGGAGAUCGUCAGGUACAACGUUGCCUCUUCUUCCGGUCCCAUCAGCAACCGCCACACGAGCUGGUUCCGUGUCUCGCACUUUGCGCCUGAAGGACCUCAGCGUGACUUCGUUCUUAGCUUGCAGAAGGGAACACUCGUUUAUGUUGAAGGUGACGCUAGAAUGAGCACCUGGGAAGAUUCCGAGGGCCACAGCCGAUCUACAUUGAACAUUGUGCAGCGCACCAUCGAGGUCCUCAGGCGUCCUGAUAACAACGGCAACUCUGACGAGUCUCACUAA